GAGUGUGUCGCAAGAGAACAGAGAGAAAACGGUUUCCGAAUCGACGUUUGCGGUAGCCAUAUUACUCGUAUUCGUAACACGCAGUGAACUCAAGUCGAAUAUAAAUAAUUCAGUUGUGUUUCUAAUGUGAGGUUGCUAGUUUGAGAAUUAUGAUUAAUAGAGUGCUAGAAACGUGGUAUGUAACUAAGGAGUUAUUAUAGACGUGUAAUUUAUCAUGUUUUCCUGUGGAACUAUAUAAAAAUGCAAAUACUACGGCAUAUUGUACGUAAAGUUUCAAAGGAUUUGAACAAUGCAUUGUAAAAUAUGGGAAAAGAUAGCCAGCCACACGUAGCUGGAUUGAAAACUGUUUACCUGGGAAUAUUGUACCUGGGAUUAUUCUCUUCUAUUGAAUGUCACACUCGGCACGGAGAUUUGCCGGGCCCCCCUCCGCAAGGUUGUAACUACCAGAAAAAUUUGCUAAUAUGCCACGACAGAAAUUUACAAGGACUCACCAUAUUACCCGGGGUGACCCAUAUAGACUUUACCCGUGUAAUCGGAGAAAAAUUAAAUGUUAGCAAUAUACAUCAAUUAAAAUGGACAAACAGUGAUAUAACAAACCUAAGCCAAUCAAUAAUUAGUCCAGAGACAUUGAGAAAGUUAGACCUCUCCUUCAACAACAUCACAUUUCUUCAAAAUAAUCAAUUCCACGAUUAUUUCAGCUUAACCGAAAUAAACAUUUCGUAUAAUCAAAUCGCAGAUCUUCCUAGAAAUGUUUUCAGUAAUCUAAAUUUGUCAAAAUUGUGCCUGUCGCAUAAUUCUCUCCAAGCUAUACCGUUUCAAGUGUUCAAACCGAUGCAAUAUAUGCACACUUUAGACUUAUCUCACAACUUCCUUGUUACCAUUUUGGAUCAUUUUUUCAUGUUGAACAAGUAUAUCGAAGUUUUAUUAUUAAACAAUAACAAAAUUUCCAAACUAACAUCAAACGCUUUGGCCGACUUAACAGAACUAGUGAGACUGGACCUUUCUAACAAUCAGCUGGAAGUCAUUGCGAAGGGUUUAUUUGAUCGCCUUAAUAAUUUAAAGUACUUACACCUUGCCAAUAAUCCUAUAUUAAAUCUGGCAAGUGGAACAUUCAGAGGCUUAAGUAACCUAGAGCAGUUAGAUAUAAGUGGUAAUAAACUAAUUCACUUGACGUUCGGCCUCUUACACUUCAGCCCGAAAUUACUCCAUCUAACCAUAGAUAAUACUUGGAUUGAGGCUAUACACAACAGCGAAUUGUUGGGUGUACCAAAUUUGAAAACACUACGCAUCAGAAACAAUACAAUGUUGAAGGAGAUAGAGGCCUACGUUCUAAGUGAUACGGCUCAAUUAAUAGAUCUUGACAUAAGCGGAAACGCUUUAACAUUCUUGCCAUUGUCCUUGAAGAAUCUGACUAAGUUAGAGAGACUUAACAUUACAAACAAUCCCUGGGCAUGUGACUGCAGAAUGUACUGGUUUGCCUCUUGGGCUGAAUCUCGAAAAAAAUCAAACGUGACGAUGUCCGAUCUAAGCUGUGGACCGUACGCUUAUCCCAACGACAUGAUACCCACUCUUCACCAUCUGAACUGUACCAGUCCUCGAAUUGAAUAUAAAACACCAACGAAAUUGUAUCGCCUAAAAUCGGACGCUCUGCUAGAAUGCAGAUACGCUGCAUAUCCCCCUCCUACAUUGACGUGGGUCACACCUAAACGCGAAGUCUACCAUUGGAAUCCAGACCCUUCAAUUCCGGGCGUUUUUGAUAAACAUCCACAUGCCCACAAUAAAUUCAUGACACCCCUAAGGGUAAUACCACCUAGAAUCCAAGUAUUGGAUAAUGGCACGCUUUGGAUAAAGAAUGUGACCCGAGAAGACUGUGGUAGAUACACCUGUUAUGCAAGCAAUCCCGUAGCGAACAAGACUGAAGACGUACUUUUACACAUCGAUCCUACCGACUGGAACCACGUAAGAAUUAUCAGUCUCAUCGUCGGAACUCAAAGUGCCGCAGGUUUUUUAAGUCUCACUCUUUUAGUCCAAUUCAUCAGAUAUGUAAUUAAUAGAUUUGGACUAUUAAACAACUUUUGCAGUUUUUGCAAACGCGAUCGCGUAUCACCAAGGGCGCGCCAAAUAUUUGCUAUGUUAGACAACAUUGAGCAAUACAAGAGUCAGCAAUUGGAAAGACUUAAGGAUAACUACACACAACAAGUUCAUCGGAUAAGAGAUAACUGCGCCCAACAAAUGGAAUGGAUCCAAAAUAGCUAUCAGUCUCAAGCAAAACAUCUUAAAGAUUUCCGAGACAUCGGUACCCAGCAUCUCACAACUCUUAAAGAUCAGUACAACGAUCAGGUUAAAAAAGUGCGAGAUUAUUCAACCAAUCAACUCAACUGGGUUAGGGAAAAUUAUGUUUUUCAGAGAAAUAAGAUUAGGAAGUUCAGUGCCCACAAAGUACUUCAGUUACGAGAAUCAUACAAAUAUCAACAACAAACUUUGAACAAGGUAUUAGAAAAUUUGCCUAGUUUAUAUUUUGAAAAUUGUAGAGCGGGCACUUGUGGCAAAGCGGAGUCUAUAGUAUUCGAUUCAAACGACGUAGAAAGCAUCGAUGUCUAUUUAAAAUCGAAGAUUGAAAAACUUGCCAAUUUAGAUGAUAUUACCAAUUCCGAAAUUAGUCAGAGCAGAUUGUCCCUAUACUACACACCAACAGAAAGGUCUUUGGAUGCAGACAUUUCUACACCAAAAAGUCCUCUGGAAGGAAUACAUAUAAAUUACAUAGAAGAUAUGCCAGAGCCACCGAAUUUCUUUGAGGGACCAUCAACAUCAAAGGCUCCAUUUGGACAAAAUCACGUAAAUUUAAUAAACACACACACAGCCACCAUAAUUCACGAAGACAAACCAAAUAUACCAAAGCAGGACCUUUUACAUAUCGAGAUGGACAAGAGACACGAAACAGCGCUAUAAAUUGCUUGCAUAGGCUAUUUUGAAUAAAAACUGUGAUAACUAUCACAGUGUAGAGUCAGCUCCAUUUAGUGCCAACAAUAGCGGAAAGAUCUGGUAAUUGCACCAUCGUGAAAUGUUACUAAUUUCCUUUUCAUUCCAAGUAGUUAUACACGAAUUAUUAUUUCCUAUAAAAUAAUGGAGAAUGAAUAGACGGAUAAUAACACUACUAGACUCACUAUACCGAAAAUAUAAGUGUUGAAACCUAGUCAUUUUAAAUUAAAGACUGAGUUUGAAAAUAAAUAAAACAUACAUAAGUGUCAGUAGUUGAAGUCGUAUAUGAUACAUCGUUUUUAAUUUAGGUGUAGGGUUUAAGCUGAAUCAUAUUAACUAAUAGAUGUUUUAUUAUAUUUAAAAUUUAAAUACAUGGUAGACUAUAACUUCGGUGUAUGAGUUCUAGAUCAUUGUCUUUCCUAUCUGUCUAAUGUAAAGAUUUCUACACUGAUAUAGGGACAUUUAUUUUAUACUAUAAGCGGGUACCAAAUAAGAUAAAUGAAUAUUUUAUUAUCAAGAAAUAAUUGUUCUCUUGUUAAUAUGUGAAUGUGAUUUCUUUAUAAUGUUACUAUACAAAUAGCAUUGUUAAUGCUAAAAUAAAUAAGAUCAAGAAGUUAA